CAAUGCAGUGAAAUCUCCUUGUUGCUUGCAAUCGCAAAAAGGGAGACAUGACUGAGUUUGAUAAUUGCAACAACAGUGCAUCAAAUAUGUAUCUGCCUGGCUGUGCCUAUUACGUGUCGCCUUCGGAUUUUUCAACGAAAUCUUCGUUUUUAUCUCAGUCUUCUUCUUGCCCAAUGACUUUCUCCUAUACCUCCAAUUUAACCCAUGUGCAACCUGUGAGGGAAGUGGCAUUCAGGGAGUAUGGGAUAGACCGCAGUAAGUGGCAGUACAGAGGCAGCUACCCCUCGUAUUACUCCAGUGAUGAGGUGGUGCACAGGGACCUCAUCCAGACCACUAACAGGAGAACGGAUGUGCUAUUCAAAUCGGACUCAGUGUGCACUCACCAUGCACCCCCAAGUGCAUCCUCCAACUUCUACAGCUCUGUGGGCAGGAAUGGGAUCCUACCUCAAGGCUUUGACCAGUUUUAUGAUUCAACUCAAACAGCCUCCUACCAGCUGGACAUGGAUGAGCAGCCGGCUAAGACUGACCAGAAACCUCAAAACAGCACCGGCAAGAUGCCCUCAGCCCAGGACAAGAAAGUGACAAAUGACAGUCACCCCGGGUCCCCCUCUGGAGAGGCAGCAGCAGCAGCAGAGAAGAGCAACAGCUCAGCUUCCCAACGACUGAGGAAAAAGAGAUGCCCUUACAGCAAAUACCAGAUUCGAGAGCUGGAAAGGGAAUUUUUCUUCAAUGUUUACAUAAACAAGGAGAAGAGACUCCAAUUAUCCAGGAUGCUCAACCUCACUGACCGGCAAGUUAAAAUAUGGUUUCAAAAUCGAAGGAUGAAAGAAAAGAAACUCAAUAGGGAUCGACUUCAAUAUUUCACUGGAAAUCCACUUUUUUGAGUUAAUGUUCAAACUUACAUCACAACUGGUAACAGAAAAUGUGAAGCCUAAGUUAUUUGGUUUAACAUAGACCUUGAAUUUCCAACAGAGGAUUUUUUUUCCUAAACCUUUGAAGGAUGCCUCCUUGGUAAGGAGAUAACGCUCUUGGGAACGUCACUUACAGAUUGCAUCCAAUGGUGUGUGUUUUUUUUUUAAUCCACAUCAAUGAAUAUACAGUAUUAGUCUCCAAAGGUUGGUUCCGAGCUACAAUGACUUAUUUGACUACAGUACACAACUAACUAAAUAAAUGAAUGCCG